UCGUUAAUCGAUUAUCGCCCUUGAAUAUGAUGCAUGCUGGGAUAUGUCACUUUUAUAUACAACAAUGUUGUUUACUGUCUAGACUCGAAAUUGUUUCUCUAUGAACAGAAAACUAACGAUGGAUAAGCCAAUGAAAACCGAGCCCAAGAGCUGCCUGUUUGCUAAGCCCUCUCGUGAGUAUUCUGAUGAAGAAGUCAAUCAAGAGGUUCCCCAAAACUUUGGAGGCAAGUUGCCAGUUCAGCGCCAGAUUCGACAGACAGAACCACCUUGGCAGCUUCCUCGCAGUCCCCCACCAUCCCUCCCCAAUGCUAAGGCCAGUGAGGAAUUUAAUUGGCAGGCUAAUAUGACAAAUGUCCGAGAGAGAAAUGCAGUCAUGUUCAACAACCCCUUAAUGGCAGAUGUAUAUUUCAAUGUGGGAAGUGCACCACACAGCUGUCAGAAGAUCCCAGCUCAUAAAUACAUUCUUGGUGUUGGAAGUUCUGUGUUCUUUGCAAUGUUUUAUGGUGGUUUAUCUAACCAACAGCUCGAAAUAGAUAUACCAGAUGUGGAACCUGCAGCAUUUCUUAAUCUCCUCAGGUACUUAUACUGUGAUGAAACCAAAGUUGAACCAGACAAUGUACUUGCUACAUUGUAUGUAGCUAAGAAAUAUCUAGUGCCUCAUUUGGCCAGGGCAUGUGUACGCUACCUGGAAACUAGCCUUAGUGCACACAAUGCUUGUGUUUUGCUAAGUCAAGGACGUUUGUUUGAGGAACAAGAACUAAUGCAUAGGUGUUGGGAGGUGAUUGAUGCACAGGCAGAAGAAGCAUUAAAGUCAGAGGGAUUCUGUGAUAUAGACAUAAACACUCUCAAAACUGUCCUUGGUAGAGAAACCCUAAAUGCCAAAGAAAUUUCUGUGUUCAAUGCUGCCUGUCGCUGGGCAGAUUCUGAAUGUAGGCGCUGUGAAAUAGAGCCCACUUCUGAAAACAAACGUAAAGUAUUAGGGGAUGCCCUGUUCUUAAUUCGUAUCCCUACCAUGAAGCUUAAUGAAUAUGCAAAUGGUCCUGCCCAGUCUGGCAUUUUGACAUUACAGGAAAGUAAUGAUAUUUUCAUUUACUAUUCAGCUAGAAAACGUCCUGAACUGAACUUUCCACUGAAACCUCGUAAAGGUCUGAAGCCCUACCGAUGUCACAGGUUUCAGUCCUCUGCCUAUCGUAGCAAUCAGUGGCGUUACAGGGGCAGAUGUGACAGCAUACAAUUUGCAGUAGAUCAGAGAAUUUUCAUCGCUGGGUUUGGUCUUUAUGGCUCCAGUAGUGGUGCAGCUGAGUAUACAGUGAGAAUGGAACUGAAGAAAAAUGGCAACACACUUGGACAUUGCUUCACUAAAUUCUUCUCUGAUGGGUCUAGCAACACAUUUUCUGUAAUGUUUGAUAACCCCAUACAGAUUGAGCCAGACCAGUUCUAUAAUGCUAGUGCUGUGUUAGAUGGGGGAGAAUUGAGCUAUUUUGGCCAAGAGGGUCUUGCUGAGGUCCAGUGUGACAAAGUGACCUUUCAGUUUCAGUGUUCUUCAGACAGUACUAACGGUACAGGAGUACAGGGUGGACAGAUACCGGAGAUCAUUUUCUACUGCUGAUAGUGUUAAAACAUUUCAAUCUAUGCACAACUUGUAAUUAAUAUCUAAGUGCUGCCCUGUUGCAUUACAGCUGAUGUAAAGUGAUUUAAGUAUAAGUUAGUCACUUACACCUUGACUCAGGUUUUCUAUAUGUUAAUACAUGAGCUAGUCCAUGUCAAUUGAAGAUUUCCUUAAAUGUGUACUUUGAUUCAUGUAUCCUCAUGAUCAUGAUCAGUUAACAUGGGUACCAUGAUAGCAUUUACUGAUAAACAAUGAAACCUCUUCUUAGUUAUUAAUUCAAGUUUGAAACCUUCUGUUAUAAAAAUGGUUGUAUUUAUGGGUUGAAAUUUAUAUAUUUUUGUAUAAAUAUGAAAAGAAUCAAACGCACUGCAAACUAUUUUCUAUGUCUGGUAGGGAAAUGUUUUUAAAGCAUAUACAAUUUUUAGUCCUUUUAAUUCAUAAAAAUAACCAUGAAAAUGCAAACAUCUUUAUGGAUUUUUCAAUUUUAGUUGUAAAUUGGAUUUUUUUACUUCCAACCAUAUAAGCAAAUAUUAACUGUUAUUUUUUUACAUCAAAUUUGUAGCAAUUCAAGCACAAAAGUAUUUCCCUAUAUAUUAAAGAAACAUUUGAGACCAUUUAAUAUUUGGUUGGGCAUCAUGGCAUGAUUUUUAAUUUGUUUGUUGUUAAUGAUAAUAUAACAAUAUGAUGUAGAUGUAUUCAUCUGUCAAAACAGCUUUAAAUAUUAUGAUUAGAAAAUAUUGAUGUUAAGUUUUUUGGUGUUGUAUGCUUUCAUUAGUUUCAUGUUAAGUAAUUUGAUUCAGCAUUAAUGUGAAGCUAGUGCAUUAUAUGUAUAUAUACAUAUUGGAAAUGUAGAUCUCUAUAGAUAUACAUUGCAUGAAUAAUAUGAAUGGUUUACAGAGAGCUGUUGAACAGCAGUACAUGUUAAUUUGUGCAAUAAAGAGCAUUUUCCAAACUUGGAAAUUGUUAGUACCAUUAUCAGUUUUUAUAUAAAAAUCAUUUAGGUAUGGACUUAUUAUAAGAAAAAUAUCUCAACAAUACCUUUGGCAAAUUUACAAAACAAUAUUUCAUCUAAAUUUGACAAUAUACAGUACAUAAAAGUAAAAUUGUAUUACCUCAUUACGUAUACCUAGAUCCUAAUAAGGUCAUCAUGAUCAAGUGAAAAUAGAAAUUCUGGCAAGAUAUAUAUGAUCUUAAUUGCAGUAGGACAGACUAUUUAUGCCACUUAUACCAUAUGCCAUAUAAACUGCAUGAUCAAAACAUGACAAUGACAUGCACUUUCAGGUACAUAUACUGGUGUUUUAUGAACUUGUACAUGUGCAUUUGUGAAAUUCAUUUCAUUUUAUAUUUCAUGGAAAUCUAUCCAAUUUUAGCUUCUGUAGGAGUCGUCUUGAUCAAUGGCCAUGACUAUGAUUACACUUUUCAGUAUGUCCAAUGUGCAUUUCUGGUAAUUAAUUAAAAAAAAAAAAACAUCUCUCUAGGUAUAUUGCAGACAUAUUAGAUAACACAAAGUUUUUUCAUUAGAAAUACUAAAGCCAAGAUCUCAAAUGUGGUGUACUUUACAGAAUUAACAAUAUAGAUACUAUAUUUACAAAUUUCAAGCCACCUGAUGUAAACUAAUAAAUCUGUUGAAAAAUUAAAAUAAUUAUAACAAUAA